UGUGUUCUUCUCUGCAGGUCUGCUGGGACCCACACUGAGGGCAGAGGAGGGCGAGACCAUCGUCGUCACUUUCAAGAACAUGGCGACCACAUCGCACAGCAUCCACCCACACGGGGUCGCUUACGGGAAGCAGUCAGAGGGAGCCCACUACUUUGACAACACGUCACAGAAAGAGAAAGAGGACGACAUCGUGCAGCCGAACAAUGAACACGUCUACUACUGGGAGGUGACGUCAGACGUUUCUCCGCAGUCACACGACCCCACCUGUCUCACCUACACCUACAUCUCCCACCAAGACGUCGUGAACGACUUCAACUCCGGCCUCAUCGGCACGCUGCUCGUCUGCAAACCUGGAAGCCUGGACGAGUCAGGGCAGCAGAUUGGCGUCCACCAGGAGUAUGUGUUCCUCUUUGGGGUUUUUGAUGAGAAGGAGAGCAAGUACAAACAAAACGGCCACGCCUCAGACAACCACGUCAAAUACACCAUCAACGGAUACACCAAGGGAUCACUGCCAGAUGUGAGUGUGUGCGCUCACGCCUCCGUGAGUCUGCACCUGGUGGGCAUGAGCUCGGAGCCGGAGGUUUUCUCGGUGCACAUGAACGGGCAGGUGCUGCAGCAGACCGGCCACCGAGUGUCAUCAGUGGGCCUGAUCAGCGGCUCCACCGCCACUGCCAGAUUGGUGGCCGUCCACACAGGCCGCUGGCUGCUCUCGUCACACACCAGCAAACACAUUGAAGCUGGCAUGCACGGUUUCGUGGAUGUGAAGACGUGCGACGGCUUCCAAGCUCCCCGCCGAAGCCUGACUAUGGCACAAAGAAAAGAAAGGAGGGAGUGGACAUACUUCAUAGCUGCUGAGGAAAUUGUCUGGGACUAUGCACCGGACAUGCACCAACACGUCGAUGAGGACUUCCAGCUCCAGUACUUGACGCAGUCACCGACACGCAUAGGUAAGAAGUACAAGAAGGCCGUGUACACGCUGUACAAGAACGCGUCAUUCACAGAGAGGAUGGAGAACAAGCAAAGGAGAAAUGAGCUUGGGAUCCUGGGUCCAGCGAUCAGAGCGCAAAUCAGAGACAUUAUCACGAUUGUUUUUAAGAACAUGGCGUCCAGACCCUACAGCAUCUAUCCACAUGGUCUGACCAUCAUGAAGUCAGAGGAGGGAGUCAACUACCCAGAAGGAGGCAACUAUUCCCACGGCGUUCAGCCAGGUGAGACGCACACCUACGUCUGGAAUGUGAUGGAGGAGGACGAGCCUUUGGACGGGGACUCUCGAUGUCUGACGCGGAUGUACCACAGCGCAGUGGACGCACCACGAGACAUCGCAUCAGGACUGAUCGGACCGAUCCUGAUCUGCAAGAGUCACUCGCUCAACGUCAGGAACAUGCAGUUGAAAGCAGACAAGGAGCAACACGCCAUGUUCGCUGUGUUCGAUGAAAACAAGAGCUGGUACCUGGAUGACAACAUUGGUCAAAACUGUGACCGGACCAGAGUCAACAAGGCCGACCCCGUCUUUUACAAAUCCAAUGUCAUGCACACCAUUAACGGUUACAUGUUUGAGAGUGGUCCGCUCUUGGGCUUCUGCAAUGGCGAGAUAGCGACAUGGCACGUGUCGAGCAUCGGAGCGCAGGACUACAUCCAGACAGCUACGUUCUAUGGUCAUACGUUCGAGUUGAACGAGCGGACAGAGGACUUCCUCAGCCUCUACCCCAUGACGGGAGAAACCAUCACCAUGAACAUGGACAACAUUGGUGUCUGGCUCCUGGCUUCCCUGAACUCUCAUGAGACGACCAAAGGAAUGCGGGUGAAGUUCCAGGAUGUUGAGUGCUAUCGCGACUACCAGUACGAAUACAGUGAUUACGACGAUAAGGUGUCGCACACCGUGUGGAACCCUCAGAGCCUGGACGACAUCAAGAAGGAAGAGGAGCAGCCGAUGCUUGAAAAGAAAUGGCAAUUGGAGACGGACACUUACACAGACACAUUUGCAGAAGAGUGGGGUCUCAGGUCUCUGAAAAACCAGACGACCAACGACAUGGAGAAGUUGGACCUCUCUUUCCUCGACUACGACGCCAUUGACGUGCCCAACGGAGAUAUAAAUAUCGACGUGAACUUCACCGGGAGAAAGAGUGAAAACGACACGUCUGUUCCAAAACCAAACACAAUGAAUGAGACAUUAUUUUCAAAUCGUGACGAGGCCAAUGGAGUGGACCUCGCAGCGGUUGAUUUUCUGAACCAAAGCACGAGUGAGAAUACGACACAUACACAGAACACAAGUGCAGCAUUCAUUUCCAACAGUUCUUCCUCACUGGAAACAGAGAACACAACCGUCUCUAGUUUAACCCUAAAGAACGACAGUAUAACUACAAAUAGCAGCGUUUCUCAAAAUGCUUCAAAUCCUGAUAAUGAUUCUGUGUCGGACUCGAAGAGCAAAGUCCCCAACGCUGCGGCAUUAUCAGGCGCCGAAAAUGUUUCUGCAGAGAUUAUAAACCUGAGAGUAACUGCUAAUAUAACAGUAACAGCACAAGACACUACAAACGUUACAGCAACACAACAAGAAACUACAAACGUUACAGCAACACAACAAGAAACUACAAACGUUACAGCAACACAACAAGAA